AUGCACUCAUCCUUGAACCGCGCGCAAGCGGUCUUUGGCUUCUUCACCACCGUGGCCUUAUUCGUCGCCGGUUUUGCUGCGCUUUCGGUCUUUUUAUAUCCUGCUGAUAAUGCGAAGACAGAGGUCGAGGUUAGGAAUGUGCAGGUCAUCAAGGGACGGCCUAACUACUACUCUACUAAGAAAGAGGAAUAUGCCCAAUUUCGAUUCGACCUAGACGCAGACCUCUCCCCCCUCUUCAACUGGAACACAAAACAACUCUUCGUCUACGUCUUUGCCUCUUACUCCUCGUCCGAUAAAGAAUCCUCUCUCGUCCCCAGCUCCGAAUCUAUCAUUUGGGAUACUAUCAUCUCCGCCCCCGCGUCGCCUUAUUCCUGGGACUCUCUCCGCGAGCGAUUUUUCCCCGCCAAGUCCUCCGCAGCCAAGAAGUCGCGUUCCGCAUCGUCGAAGAAUAAGAGCAAGAAAGAGCCUGCCGCCCCGGGUGUUCUCCGUCUCCGCGGCCAAAGAGGAAAGUACCAGAUUAGUGAUAUUACGGGCAAGAUGGCGGAGCGCUCUAAUGUGACCUUGUCGGUGGGCUGGAAUGUACAGCCUUGGGUGGGCGCUUUGUGGUGGAGUCCUGGGUCUGGUGCUGUGCCGCGGACGGCAGGCCAGGCGGGCAGCAGUAAGCCGUUUGAUUUCCCGGCUGUCAAGGGCAGUAAGAACGCUGCGGCCAAGGAGGCAGCGGCUUCAGAGGGUCAGAAGGGGACAGCUUCUGCUGUUUGA